AUUCGGAUUUCGAAGUUUUUGGUUCAAUACUAUUUCGAGCAAAAAUGUCAAUCUGAUUUAAACUUAGUGUUCAUCAUCGGCCGGCCGUGUCUAAUGGAGCCAUCUCCACGCAACACAAAAACGUCGUCGUUUUCACACUCCACAAUCCCGGUGGAUUCCAGCGGCAGAGCAACUGUUUUCCGGCCAUUCUCUCUCUCCUCGCCUCAUUCACGCGCCUUUCACCUGGCGUGGCUCUCACUCUUCUCCUGCUUCUUCUCCACCUUCUCUAUCCCUCCUCUCGUCCCCGUCAUCUCCUCCGACCUCCGCUUCUCUGAUUCCACCGUAUCCGCCGCCGGGAUCGCGUCCUUCGCCGGCUCUAUCUUCUCCCGUCUCGCCAUGGGUCCACUCUGUGAUCUCACCGGACCACGGACUUCCUCGGCGAUCCUCUCUUUCCUCACCGCUCCCGCCAUCCUCUCCACCGCACUAGUCUCCUCUCCGACUUCAUUCAUCCUCGUCCGUUUCUUCGUCGGCUUCUCGCUCGCCAAUUUCGUCGCUAAUCAGUACUGGAUGUCCUCCAUGUUCUCCGGUAACGUCGUUGGUCUCGCUAACGGCGUCUCAGCUGGUUGGGCUAACGUCGGCGCCGGUAUCUCUCAGCUCCUUAUGCCUCUUCUCUACUCUGCCAUCGCCGGAUUCCUCCCACCCGCCAUCGCCUGGCGAUUCUGUUUCGUCUUUCCCGCCGUUUUCCAAGUGUUAACCGCCGUCCUCGUCCUCCUCUACGGCCAAGAUACUCCCGGCGGUAAUAGGAAUCAAAAUAAAAUCAGAAAUCCGAAAGAAGAACAUUCCGAUUUUCUCGAAAUCCUUUUCGAAGGUCUUGGAAAUUACAGAGCAUGGAUCAUAGCUCUACUCUACGGAUACUCGUUCGGUGUGGAGCUCACGACGGACAACAUGAUCGCCGGAUAUUUCUACGAGCGAUUCGGCGUGAAUCUCGAGGCGGCGGGAACUAUCGCGGCGAGUUUCGCGAUAUCGAACAUUGCGUCGCGACCGGCGGGAGGGAUGGUUUCCGACGCGUUGGGGAAGAAAUUCGGAAUGAGAGGGAGGCUCUGGGGACUCUGGGUCGUGCAAUCGACGGCUGGGUUGUUGUGCGUGUUACUCGGACGAGUCAACUCGCUAUGGGUCUCAAUCGCCGUCAUGUGGGUCUUCUCUGUAUUCGUUCAGGCUGCUUCUGGUCUCGUAUUUGGCGUCGUUCCUUUCGUCUCCACCAGAUCUCUAGGAGUAGUGGCGGGAAUGACGGGAAGCGGUGGCACUGUAGGUGCGGUGGUAACGCAGCUUUUGCUGUUUUCCGGAGAUGGUGUUCGAAAGCAGAGAAGCAUUUCACUUAUGGGUUUAAUGACUUUUGUUGUUUCUCUGUCUGUUACGCUUAUAUAUUUUCCACGCUGGGGUGGGAUAUGUUGUGGUUCUUCAGAAUCCGAUGAAUCUUCCCAGCCACUCCUUGUAGAAGACGACGACGACGACGAUGAAGUGAUUACUGGUAGACUACGUCCCGUUUGUUGAUUCCGCAUUUGAAGUACUAGGCGUUUGGCCAAAUCAAAAGCGUAUCGAAGUCAAAUUCAAAUUAAGACUUAUCAAAGGUUUUACCACGUUCAAAAGCUUUCCUAUAAUUAGAUGUAAGAAAGUUAAUUUUUGUAAACUUAUCCCAUUAUCCCUAUAAAUUGAAAAUUUGAAAGUAGUCAACAGAAACUCACAAUAUUUUCUUUGAGUAUUUCAUAUAUUUA